UUUGCAGUAUGCUUCGCAGAAUUAGCCACCGACUUCACCCUGGGCAAACUUUACUCUGAAUGUUUGAGGGAAUCUCUUGUAGGUGCCACGGAUAUGGAGCUAGUGUCCGUGCUCAUGAAGGAUAUGGAGUCCGCCUCAGUGCUCAGGAAGGAUAUGGAGUUAAUCUCAGCUCGCAUGGAAGCUCUGGAUCUAGGGUUGGACCCAAAGGAACUCUUCAAUAGCUCCAUGAAGGUGUUUGAGGAGUUCAUGGAUCUUUUCAAAGACAAAGGACAGGCUGAAGUGGCUUCUAUAGCGCAGGCAGAGCUGGAAUCGUUCAAAUCCACCAUUCUCAACAUCGCAGUCACAGGGGAGACGGGUGCCGGGAAAUCAUCCUUCAUCAACGCCCUCCGGGGACUGACCGCUGAGGAUGACGGGGCUGCCCCAACUGGGGUGACAGAAACGACGACGAAGCCAACCGUUUAUCCCUUUCCAAACCACGCCAAUGUGAGGCUGUGGGACCUGCCCGGCACUGGCUCCCCAGAUUUUCAGCCAAACACGUACCUGAAGCAGGUGAACUUCAAACGCUAUGACUUCUUCGUGAUCAUCGCUUCGGAGCGCUUCAAAUGUAACCACACGGCCCUGGCCCGGGAGAUCGAGAGGAUGGGGAAGAGGUUCUAUUUUGUGCGCUCCAAGGUGGAUGAAGACUUGCGCAACGAAGAAAGGGAUCACCCUAGAACAUUCAGUCAGGAGAGCGUCCUGCAGCGACUCAGGAUGGACUGCAGGACACACCUGCAAAAGGUAGGAAUAAGCAACCCAAAGAUUUUUCUUCUCUCUAGCUGUGAAUUCACCAAGUAUGAUGCUCCUGGCCUGGUCAAGACUUUGAAGGAUGAUCUCCAAGAGCUGAAGAGACUUGCCUUUCUGCUCAGUCUGCCAAACCUGUCUGCCGAAAUCAUAGAGGAGAAGAAAGCUGCCCUGAAGAAGUGGAUAUGGCUAAUAUCUUUCACGUCGGCUUUUGUCAAUGUCAUUCCUAUCGCAGGGUUCUCUGUUGCUUGUGAUAUUAGCAUCCUGCGAGGAUCCAUGAUUGCCUUCUACAAUUACUUUGGCCUAGAUGACGGCUCCUUGGCUAAUCUGGCCAGGCAGACUGGGAAGCCGAUAGCGGAGCUGAAGGCUGUUAUCAUAUCUCCCGGGGCAAAAGAAAUAAACAGAGAUGUUGUAAUCAAACUGCUGCGAAAGACGAGUUUGUCUAAAUUAACUGCAUAUGUACCAGUGGUUGGUCCCAUUUUAACUCCGGGAAUCUCUUUUUUAACCACCUACUUCAUGCUGUUGAGCUUUCUCAAUGAAGUGGCUGAAGAUGCCGAAAGGGUUCAGAAGACCGCUUUGAAGGAAGACGGGAAAAAGCUUAAAUGAUCAGCAGAUGUGCUCAUGAAUCAGAGACCCAAUCCCAGCUGGAGAUCAAGGCAUGACCCUCCCAAAUUUUAAAAAUCAAGCCAAAAAAGUAGUGGCAUUUUCAUUCUUUAAUUUCCUGCAGCGUGUCAAGUUUCUAGGCUUUUUUAAACGUUUUGUCUAAUACAGGAAAACCAACAAAAUGCACCAAGAUCCUCAACUGAUGUAACUCAACAUAGCAACCAACCUUGCUAUCAGCUGCUGUCUCUUUAGUACCCGACCUGCACAACCGUCCAGCCAGGGCCUACAGCAGACUUUGUGCACCUUUUAAACAAUGCCUUUGAUUUGAAGAACUGAAGACCAUGGCUAGUUUGUGUGCUAUCAGCCGCGUUACAAAUGAAUGAGGGCGCUGGAACAAGCAUUUCCCAGUAAUGUCGACCGUGAGCAUUCAAAAAUCACCAUUCAGGCCACUAAAAAUCAUGAGAUUUUAAAAAAUGUUGUUAUUUUUUUAUUUGCCUCCUGUUUUGAGGGUUUGUUGGUCACCUUUUCCUGCUGUUCUCCACGGCUAGAAACUACUUCUUUUUAAUGAAAGCUGCAAUUUUCCCAUGAUCACACGACUCCAGGAAGCUUAGAAUCACAAGAGUUGGCCACACAUAUAUCGACUGUAUCAGCGCUGUGUUGUGCAUCAGGUGAUCCAAGGAGCAAUUUAAUCAUAUCAUGAUCCCAACAGCCUGUGUGACAACUUGGAGAAUCCAGCAUAUUGCUACAAGUUGGAUAUAGAAGCUAAUUUCUAAAUAAUCUAUAGCCAGUGCAACUGCAUUUAGAUUAUAUCAAUAGUUAGUGUGCUUGUUGCUUUAUCAUUACUGCUCUUGCAGAUAUAGUCGUAUCAUGUAAUAAAUUCACCUACAACCUG